AUGGGUGGUCAGAUGUUCCCACUGCCUCCUUUCUUUCAAUCUCCACCUGAUGGACUGCCUAGUUUUCCGCCUAUUCCAGUACCACCACAACCUCCUGGACUUCCACCUGGUUUAUCACCAGGAUUACCGGCAGGCCUACCAACAGGUUCAAUGCCAAUGAUGCCCAUGCCAAUGCCUGUAGUGGGGCCAGCACCUAAAGUCCCUGUUAUUGUCAUGCCUUUUUAUUCCCCAGACCCUGCGUAUAAGAAACCUCCUGGUAAAAAACCUCCACAUUUUCCCAAAAGACCACCGCGACUUCCAUAUUACCACUCCGAUACUAGUGCCGAUACUGAUACGUCUUCAGAUACUUCUACUUCUAGUGACUCUUCUUAUGAAAACCGAGGAUGGUGGAGAGGUAAUAGGGGUUUUAAGAGAAACGGUAGAAGGUUUAACAGAAGACACAGGUUAAAAAAGAAGAAACAUAACCGAGGAGCUCUCUUGACUCCUGUGCUGCAGUAUGUGACAAAAGAUGGUUAUGUGAUAUAUGAGAAGAAAAUAACAAGAGAUGAAGCAAAGGAUUGGAUGAACAUAAAAAGAGAUAUGAAAAAUGACGGAAAUGAAAAUGAACAAGAUAUGUCUGAAGUUCGGAAUAUUGAAUUACAAUUCCAAGGUCUGCAAGAUGAUGAAGUUGAUAAAGAUCAAGCAACUCCAAAAAUAGAAGUAAAUAAAGAAGAUUCAGAUGGAGCGACUACACAGCAAAUAACCGCUCGUAGGCAUCAUAAGCAUAAAAAAAUGAAAUUGACAAAUCAUCAAAAACAGUCCAAGUAG